AUGGGCAGGCGCCGCCAACGCACAGCACAACCACAACAGCACCGCCACCAUUCGGUGGUGAAUACGAACGACAAACGCUUCUGGUGCCCCGACUGCGACCUGAAGACGGGAGCGCAGUUUCGCCUCGACAAGCACCGCGAGAAGAAGGGCCCGCUGGUGGCCAAGUUCUCGUGCCCCGGCUGCAGCUUCACCUGGACAAGCGCACACGCCUAUUGUUCCCAUUACCAGCAAUGUAAGAGAUGUAAGGGAAAGGCGUAUCCACACAGGGCCGAGUACAAGAAGAAGAAGGAGGAAGAGGAUGACGAAGAGGAAGAAAAACCCAAGAAGCCGCACCUGGCCCCGUUGUGCGAACGAUGCAAGAGCGGGCUGGAGUGCUCCGCUGCGGAGCAAGACGACCUGGCCAGUAUGUUCCAAGGACUGAGGGUCUAA